GUACCGAUUCGUUAUUCUCGUCGCUGGUUUUGAAGAAAUCAAAUUGAUCCCCAGGCGGCGACCCUAUCCUCCCCAGGCGGCGGCCGUAUCCUCCCCAGCGGCUCCCCAGGCGGUGGUCGUAUCCUCCCCAGCGGCUCCCCAGGCCUGCUCCCAGACGGCAGACGGUCCUCCCCAGCGGUUGCCCAACAGCUCCCCAGGCGAGUCUCCAGCGUCUAACCAGUCGGUGGCCGGGCCUCCCCAGCGGCUCCCAGGCGGUGCCCGAUUCCUCCCAGGCAGCAGCCAUCUACCUCCUCUCAGGUGGUGACCGUCUUCCUCCCCAGGAGCUGCUCGUCUCCCUCUCUCUAACAUCAACACUCGACGGCGGUCUGCAGGUGAUUUUUUCCAACGUGCUCCCACCCCACUUCAUUAAUAACUAUGUCAUUAGGCUCCCCAUGACCGCGAGGUUAGGUCCAUAGUGGUGGGGGCUUCCUACGAUCCGAUCCUAGUAGGAUAUGCCAAUCUAGUAGAGUUCCUAGCUUCUCCAUUAUUUAGAAUAAUAUGGCAAAACAUUGAUGGUUACUUAGAUUAUGUAGGAGAACUCAAGUAGAACUGCACACACACACCCCGCUGCCGGGCGCGCGGCACUGGAACCACAUCAUCUCGUUGUCGUCGUAUUACUUUAUUAUUUACAUAUAUGAUUGACAACUUACUUGUCCAUGAAUGUUUUUUAAUUCAAUGAAGAAUGGCUGAUAAGGCAGAUUGGUGUGAUGCAAAUGUUACAUAUCUCAUUAAUAUCUGCAAAAAAGAGAUAGAAGAUGACAAUAGGCCCAUGGGAGUUUUCACUAGGAUAGGUUGGAAAAAUUUGGUUACAAAGUAUGAAGAAAAAACAGGCCUAAAGCUAACAAAGAAACAAUUGAAGAACAAGUUGGACAACAUGAAAAAGGAGUAUAUAUGGUUCAUGGAGUUCAAGAAUGCGACCACUGGUCUUGGAUGGAAUGAGGCAAAGCAAACUGUUGACUGCUCCAAAGAUUGGUGGGAUGAACAUCUAGCAAGAUGUAACAAUCCAGAUAAAGGUAUCAAAUGCAACCAUGUUAGGUCCAGAAAACAAGGACCAAAACAUCUUGAUGAUCUACAUAUGUUGUUUGAUAAGAUACAUGUUAGCGGGACAAGUGCAUCAUGUCCUGGAGAUAUUUCAUCUGAUGACUCAAGUGAUGAUGUAGUAGAGAUGGAAAGAACUCCAGAAAAUGAUGAAGUCAAAGUGACUGUUUCGAAAAGAUCCAAACCAGUGAAAAGGAAACGCAAGGCCUCAUGUACUGAUGCUGAGGAGAAGGAAGAGAAGAGUCCAUUCUUUCGACUAUAUAAGAACACAUGUUUAAAGAUAGAAACAACAGCAGAGAAGAUAUCCACAAGUGUUGAAGCAUCAUCAACACAUCCAACAAGCCAAGUGCCUAGCAUUGCAGAGACUAGGAAGAUGGUGAAAGAUUGUGGGGUUAAAGAGAAAACAGCUCUAAUGCAUACAACCACAUUUUUUAUUGUCAAGCCUGAAUUUAGAGAGGUCUUCUGCAUGCUGGAAACAAAUGAAGGAAGGUUUGACUUACUUGAGAGGGAGCAUGCAAAGGAAAUGAUGAGGCACAUGUAGAAGAUUUGAAUUAUUUAUUUACAUUAUUGUGUUGUGAGAACUAUUUAUUUGCUUGCUAUGUAAGCACCAUUUGGAAUGAUGAUAUUGGAAAUGAUGAGCACAUUUUGUUUGUUGUCUACAUAUUCGUUUGCUAUUCAAAUUUUGUUAUAAAUAUUAAUAUAUUAAUAUCUUGUGUAGAUGGCUGACAACAUGGCAACUUUGGCCAAACAAGCAAACAAGGGUCUAUUGUAUCUUGCCGAACUGUCCCAGCAAGCAGCUGUUAUUGGUGAAAUGGGUGAGGAGUACAAUCAGAGAUACUUGCACAAAGGAGAGUACAGGGAAACCCCAGAAACUGGAAUACAAUGGGUUACGAAUUGCAUGGGUCGUCCAAGGUACUUUUAUAAGAUGUUUCGCAUGAGCACAAAUGUUUUCAUGGCACUACAUGACUUGCUCGUCUCUAGUUACGGCUUAACAUCAACUAAUAAUGUAUCGUCGAUGGAGUCACUAGCAAUGUUUUUGUGGAUCGUUGGAGGACCACAGUCAUUUUCACAAGCUGAAAAUCGUUUUACCCGAUCACUAUGGACAGUGCACACCAAAUUUCAUGAAGUACUAAAAUGUUUGCGCAAGUUAUCGAAAGAUAAUAUUAAACCAAGAGAUCCUACUUUCAAAACUGAGCAUGAUAGAAUCAAGGAGGAACGUUUCUGGCCCUAUUUCCAAGGAGCUAUCGGAGCUAUUGACGGUUCACAUGUUCCUAUCACAGUGCCAGCAGAUGAAGUGGUUAACUAUACAUGUCGACAUGGGUAUACAUCUCAAAAUGUGUUAGCUAUUUGUGAUUUUGACAUGAGAUUUAUCUUUGUCGUUGCUGGGUGGCCGGGUUCUGCACAUGACACACGGAUCUUGAAUCAUGCUUUAGCAAAUUUCCCUUCAUUUCCGGUGCCUCCAAAAGGUAAGUAUUAUCUCGUCGACUCUGGUUAUCCAAACCGACAAGGAUAUCUAGCCCCUUUCAAAGGAAGCACAUACCAUAUACUAGAAUUUCGACUUCGUAAUGGACGUCCUCCUCAAGGGAAAUAUGAGAUGUUCAAUUUCUUACAUUCAUCUCUUCGAAAUGUUAUUGAGAGGGCUUUUGGAGUCUUGAAGCAGAAGUGGCGUAUUUUGAAAGGCAUUCCAAGUUUUUCUACACGUACACAGAAACAUAUAAUUAUAGCUUGCAUGGCGUUGCAUAAUUUUAUUCGUGACAGCAAUUCAGAAGAUAGGUUGUUUGAUAGAUGUGAUGCCGAUGAGGAGUACUUGGUACAACAGAGUUUCACGUCACAAGCACAAGGAGAUGACAAUCCAGAGGGAGAGAAUGAGAAUACAAUGAAUACCAUUCGUAAUAAGAUAGCUGAUGCUUUGAGUAGUGCGAGAGGGAGAUAGUUAUGUUGAAGAAGGAUAGUUUGAAUCAUCAGUUUAUUUAUGUGAAAUAAAUGUUAAUGGUGAAUACAAAACUUAAAAAAACUAGUUUCUAUUUCUAAAA